GUCCACAUGACGUCAAUGUGGCAUCCUCGUCAGUGUCUCGUUAAUGUAACUGAGGAAAUCUCAACGACAUUUUGUAUAUUUUUCAGAAAUUGACUAUUACUUUCACAGUCUCACUAAAUCGAUAGUUAUAAUAUGUAAAUGAAUUAAAAAGUUUAACAAAUCAUAAUUGAUUAAUGUCCAUAGUUUUGUCAAACGACACGCCUAAAUGACGUCGUGUUUGACCUUUCAUCGAGCAAAAUUUUCGAGACUCGACUCUGGAAUCUCUAUCAACUCAGCACUCCCCGUUCCCGAACACACAAAACGACUCUGAGUUAGACUCGCCCUCUCAAACAAUUCCCUCUGUUCCGAUUCUCCUCAACAUUUCCUCCGACAACGAAUCGGCCAUGGCCGGCCAGCGCAACGACUACGGCAAGAGAUCGCAUUCCCAGUCCGACUACGGCGGCGGCAAGCGCCACAACCCGGCGGGCGACGAGACCGGCGAACUCCAGCACGGGAUUGGCAGCGACGACACCGUCUACCGCUACUUGUGCCCUCUCCGAAAGAUUGGGAGCAUUAUCGGCCGUGGCGGGGAGAUCGCCAAGCAGCUGAGGGCCGAGAGCAGGUCAAGUAUUCGAAUCAGCGAAUCGAUUCCAGGGUUUGACGAGCGCAUUGUCACGAUUUACAGCUCCAGCGAGGCGACCAAUCCGUUUGGGGAGGACGAGGAACUGGUCUGCCCAGCUCAGCACGCUCUCUUUCUCGUUCACGACAGGGUUGUGGCGGAGGAGCUGGGAGGCGACGGCGGCCGUGGCGGCGGUCGUGGUGGCGGGACUAGUGAUGAGGAAGUGGAAGAAGAGGAUGAGCUUGGGGAAGUUCAGCAGAAGCAAGUUACUUUAAGAAUGCUUGUUCCUUCCGAUCAGAUUGGGUGUGUUAUUGGUAAGGGCGGGCAGGUGAUUCAGAGCAUUCGGAGUGAGACCGGUGCUCAGAUUCGGAUUCUGAAAGAUGAACACCUUCCCCCUUUUGCCUUAACUAACGACGAGCUUCUCCAGAUUGUAGGAGAACCUGCAGUUGUGAAGAAGGCGCUUCUUCAAGUAGCGACUCGCCUUCAUGAGAAUCCCUCUCGCUUCCAGCACUUGCUUUUGUCUACUUCCAACAACCCGUAUCAGUCUGGUGGCAUGUUCGCAGCACCAAAUGCUGGUGUCCCAGCAAUGGGUGCUUAUGGAAGCUACAAAGGUGGCUGGCCAUCCUCGUACCCUGAUUCAAGAGACGAUGGUGGGUCUGCCAGGGAUUUUGCUGUUCGCUUGCUCUGUCCAAUUGGAAAUAUUGGAAGUGUGAUUGGGAAAGGAGGUGCUAUAAUCAAACAAAUUCGUCAGGAAACUAGGGCUUCCAUCAAAGUUGAUAGCUCCGCUGCUGAAGGAGAUGAUUGCGUUAUCUUUGUAUCAGCAAAAGAGGUUUUGGAUGAUCAAUCUCCGACUAUCAAUGCAGCACUGAAAUUGCAGCCUCGAUGCAGUGAGAGAACUGAAAGGGACUCUGGAGAUUCUGUACUCACCACCCGUUUACUUGUACCAAGAUCACAGGUUGGAUGCCUUAUGGGUAAAGGUGGGUCCAUUAUUUCUGAGAUGAGGAGUGUAACUAGGGCAAGUAUAAGGAUUCUUUCUGAGGAUAAUCUUCCCAAGAUUGCCACUGAAGAGGAUGAAAUGGUGCAGAUCACUGGAAACCAUGAUGUUGCCAGCAAUGCCCUUUUACAAGUAAUGCUAAGGUUGAAAGCGAAUGUAUUUGGAAGAGACGGUGCCCUAUCUUCAUUUCCUCCGGCACUUCCAUAUGUCCCAAUGUCUUUGGACAUGUCAGAUGGUCUGAAACAUGGAGGGCGAGAUAGUCAAUCUCGUGUACAUGGUGGUUACCCAUCAUCUUCUGGGACAUAUGGUGAUGGUUAUCCCAAUCCCUUGGGUGGUGAAAGUGGUGGUUAUGGUGCAUAUGGCAGCUUGUCUUCUGGUCGAUCCAAUAGUGCUGGGUUGGCGGGUCAAAGCCCCAUGUCGCAAAGAAAGCAUCAUGGAUAUUAAUCUCCAUUAUUGGGCAGCAGGUAUUUGGGUUUUGAUCUUUUCCUUAGUUUUGGUAGUGAUUCAAAAGCAUGCGAUUAGUUUCUUUGUUCUUAUUUAAAGGGCGUAUCACCACAAUGAUCACGUCUUUUCCAACCUUCCUAGUUCUAGAACUCUAAUACACCUUUCUGCCUGUGUUGCCUUUCCCUCUGCUAUCUAAACAGCACCGAUCUACAAAUCCCGAAGCCUGCCCCUAUGCCCAUUUGAUGAAGCCUUCAGCCUAGAACAGAAAAUGCUCACAGAUGACCCACGUUUGAGAAAAAUUGUACUUCACCUUGGUCCACCCACUCGAUGCUUUCUUUGGACCUGUGAUCUGAUGAUGCAACUGAUCAUUCAAUUCCUGGACCUUGACACGAUAAUUUAAGUUUUUAAGCUGCUUGCUCAAGGCAUUCUCUGUGCCUAUAUGGCAUGCUUUUAAUGUAACAGCUAUAAUAGUUAGUGUAUCAGUAUAAUGUUUGCAAACUAGUCCUCUUCCUUUAGAGAUACUCAUAUAGCAACUGGUUGUUGUAGUUUUUAAUCAGCAUAAUGGUUGAGAUAUUGGUUAUAUAACCAUUCUAUCCUUCCAUGCUGUAUCAUCAUGUCAUUGUAGGCUUGCUUCAUUUGUUUUAUUUCUUAUAACAUCUGCUUCUACUCUCUGUAUGAUUCAAACUUCCGAACUGGAGCUAUCCUUUGUUUAAUAUCUUUUUCACUAUGCUUUGCCGCAGUUUUCCUUAGUGAUGUGAGAUUGAAUUAUUUGACACCAUGAGAAGUAGUUUGUGAGUUUGAAAGCACAUAUCUUGGUAUGGUAUGUGUUCAGGUUUGUUGUGGGAAUAUAGCAAUGGGCACGAUUUACCUGCGAGGUAAUGGUGCAUAUUGGGGGUGAUCUCCUUCAAGAUGUCAGUUCAAUGAAGGUAAAUGGUAGGGUAGGAGCCGUUUUCCCCCUUCUUCUAUAGAUUGCUUCAAGUUUCAUAGGCCUUGGUUGUGCAAUAUACAUUUCUUCAUGAACUUUCAAGCUGAUGCAGGGUUGACGUGUGUUUGAUAUUCUGUGGAUGCCAAGAAGGGGUAUGUAUUUCUGCUGUCCUUUUCUAAUAUUGGCCACCUUAAUUAAUAACAUACACACUAUAGGGGUAUUAUGUAUUUUUUUUCCUUCUGCUGGAGACUACUGAAAUAGGAUUGUUCAUGGGUAUAGUCCUCGGGCUGCAUUUAGUAGCAUGAAGAUUGUAACCAUCAAUGAGAAGUAGGUCAUGUAACCGUUGUUGCAGGUGGAACCCGAAUACCGGAUUUUGCUUUGAUGAGUGGCCAGCAGCCAGUAGACGGCAAGGGAUCUUUACUUGGACAAGAAAGCACAAGGGAAAAG